AUGGGCAAAAAUUUAAUUGAAUUAGGAGAUUUGACAGACAAGAAUCUUGGUCAAUUAGUAUUAUUAAAUAAUACUACACUUCCAGUUUCAUAUGAAGAAAAAUUCUAUUCAAAAUUAUUAUCCACUGGUUUUGUUUCAAAAUUAGCAUUUUUCAAUGAUAUUAUGGUUGGUGCAGUAUGUUGUAAAAUUGAUCAAUCACAAGUUCAAGGUGAACAACCAUCUUUAUAUAUAAUGACAUUUUGUGUUUUAGCUCAAUAUAGAAAUUUAGGUAUUGGUCGUAAAUUAUUGGAAUACAUUGAAGAAUUAUGUAAAACUGAAAAAUAUGAAAAAAUAUCAUUACAUGUUCAAGUUGGUUCAGAUGCAAUCGAUUUUUAUAAAAAGUUUUCUUUCUCAAUCGAAUCAACUAUUAAUAAUUAUUAUCGUAAUAUUCAACCAGCUGAUUGUUAUGUUAUGUCCAAGAAAAUGAUAACUUCCGAUGAAAAAAAAGAUGAUAAUACCAAACAAGAAUAA